GUCUUCGUCUUUUCCAACGCGAUGUCCGACGAGCACGAUAACCUUGCCCCUGUAGCUCCUCUUAGAGGCGAAACUCGGGCUUCGGCGACCGGUACGCCUGCAAUUAUCUCCACUGCUGACUCAAUGGAGGGUGUGGUCGUUGAGACCUCAAGUUUUGAUAAUAAUGGAGAUGGGGUUGUAGACCCUUUGUUUGAGGAGCAACCAGGCGAGGGCGAGAGCACUGACUUAAUCGUCAUAAAGGACGGAGACGACGGAGACGAGGGCGAAGAACCUGACGGCAAUGGGGUCUUAGCUAGAAUUAAGAGACAAACUUACGCGAAGUAAGCAAAUCAUCCCCUCCGCCCACCCCCCUCCCGUUCCCCCGCACCCUCCGUUUCCAACCCCAUCAUGUCAAUCCCUAAUCCAACCCCAAUCAUGAAACACAAAACGACAAUCAUAAAAGCCGAGCACACUAAAAUCUGGAUAACUAGCUUCCUCGCAACUCCAACCAUAACCAUCAACAUUGGGGACAUCGAAAACGGCGGUUCCGUGCUAUCGGCCCACCAAGCCUUCCUCCUACGAAGCCCUUACCUGACCGAUAUCUGUUCCUCCUAUACCCACGACACCCCUGUUUCCGAGCGCGUGGUUGACCUCCCGGACGAGGAUCUCGAUGCAGUCGGAUGCUUCCUGCAGUACCUAUACACGGACGAGUAUUCCCCGCGCCUCGUCCCGAACCCGCAAAGACACGAUGACACAAUCCUUGAGGCUCUAGAUCCGGACUUGGGUAUACAGAAAGACCUCGACGGUACUCACUUGCUCAAACACGCCAAAAUCUACACACUCGCUGAGAAACUCGGAAUGGACGAAUUGAAGACUCUCGCUCACGCUAAAAUCCACAAGAUCAAUUCUACGGCGAAGGGCGAAUUGGAAUACGCUAGAUUCGUGUACGCCAAUACCCCCCGCGAAGACAAGACUAUACGAACCCCGAUUGCCACUUAUUGGGCUCACAAGAGUACAUCCCCCCCGCGCCCCUUCUACAUUACUGAUGGUGCUAACACAAUUAAAUAGGUCAUGUCCUCCGCCACCAAGCCGAAGACGAAUUCCGUGGCAUGAUACUCGAGUUUCCACAAUUCGCUUACGAUAUGCUAUCCAUUGUUCUGGACCAGAAGGAGAAGAAGAACAAAGAUGUCCACAGGGACGAACGCGAGGGGACAGAAAUCAUGGCACCGCCAGGAACCGCCGAGAAGACGAGAGGAUCCGCCAGAAAACGGCCAAGGACUUCCAGUGUUAUUUAGUCCGGCGGAGCCUGCUGUCGGAGGAUGAGAGGGGAAUAUGUAUUAUCAAAUCGUUCCUUUUUUUCUUUCCCCUCUUCUCCCAACCCCCCCCUUUCCGUAUCCCUCCUUGAAGGGGGUCGAAGAGGGCCAGUCCAAUGCGAAAGGAGGGGAUUAACCGUCGUUGGUCUUUCCCUUGUACCGCCUCUUUUUCAGGACCUUGUUUCCUUUUCCCCAACCUGGAGAUGAGAUGAGAUGGAGUUCGUCAUUGCUAGCUAUGGUAUUCCUUAUGCUAUCCUUUCCUCUUUUCUUCCCUCGCUCGAUCGGACCAAGCACUCACUCUGGUCUAGCUUGCAACUACUUGUGUUUGCUAUCGCCUCAUUUUUUUUUUUUCUGUUUGUCUAUCUAUCGCAAUGUCUCUGUGCUAGUGGGUUUAUUAUCAUAUUGGGCAAUUGUUUUUUCCGUUCGGUGCCAACAAAAAAAGAACUUUUAAUAGCG